AUGGCUCGUACGCGUAAGGGGCAGGCCCUUAACGAGUGCCCCAAGGAUCUUAACGACAUUCCUUACAUCCGCUGGAUGAACCAGCAGAUCGCCAACGGGCGCCAUCCGAAGGGAUUAUCCGCGCCACCCGUCCUUGACGGCCAGGGAUCCAGUGCGCAGUCGCCCAGAGCGGCCCCAUCACGUGUGCGCCGUCAGCCUGCAAGAACGGCUGCAACACACCGGCCUGUCAUGGAGCAAGAUGCUGACGAUGACGAUGAUGACGACCCCGAACAAGGCCUCGACACCGACGACGACGAGGAGGAACCGGAAGACGCUAGGAUGUCGCCCAGCGACGACGACGACGAAGAUGAGGACGCCGAGGACGACGCGGAGGAGGAAGCGCAACCUGUGUCUCAGCCGCCGAAACGGAGCGCCGCACGCGCAUUUGGGACGAACAAAGGCAAAGGCAAGGUGGCGCCACCACCGCCACGCCAGGAGCCACGGAAGAAGCGGUCGGCUGCACCAGUCGAGAGGGGCUUAUGGUCGGACAAGGAGAGCACCAUAUUCGCCGCGGCGAAGUGGUUCAUGGAAGAGGAGCUCGAGUCUCUCAAGGGGAAGCAGGGGACGCAAUACUGGAUCCGACUACUUGCGCACAUCAAGGAGUCGAACCCUAGAUGGUGCAGGGGUGUCAAUGCGUUGCAGAAGCAGUGGCGUAACUUGACGCUCCUCUGGCGGGAGUACAAGCGUGGCGACGGGGGGUCAGGCCACGGCUCGGUUGAGAAACCACCGUGUUAUCCGUACCUGGAGCUGCACAACCAAGACACCGCCGCAGCCGCACCGCAUGCGGUGGACGGCGGCGGCGCCACGGACGUCAACGUGCCGGCCGGCAUGGAGGUUCCAAGUUCGUCUCAGCCAGGCACGUCAACACCAACCUUUACGGCUCCGCCGUCGCCGACCACCGCAACACCCAGGCGCGCACGGGUGCAUGAGACGGCUACCAUGCAAGCAGCCAUGCUGGUCUCCGCGACCAUCAAGGAUUGUCACGAUGACGCGAUGACGCGCAUUGAGAGCCUCGUCCGUGAAUGGAUGGCGCAGGACAUGCGACUUGCCCGCGAGCGCAUGACUGAAUUGGCGCCCCCGGACGUGCACUAG